UUCCAGAUAGAAUUUCAGAUAGAAUUGAAGGAUGUAAUCUACCCAUCUUAUAUCAUUUUCCCGGUUUAUGCAGAUAAGUCUCUACUCUCUAGCCUCAACUAACGACCUCCGAGCAGGCUGUUUGAAGUUUCAACCUCUCCACCACCAGGCACCAGCCUCACCAACCAACACUUUUUGCAGCGGCGACCCUAAACCCCAACUUGUCCUUGUCUCUCUUCUGGACUAGCGAUUCCUAGCGUUGAAGAAGUCUUUGCUGCAGGCUUUUUUCAUGGAUAAAAGUUGGAUAACAGCACCUCGGCCGCUGAUAAAAGGGUGGUUUGGCUGGUCAAAUAUUUUAUGUUGAGUUGCUGAUAGGAGAUUCUGUUAUUUGCAUAUCUUAGCAAAUUUGUGAUGCACCUAGAGUAAGGAUGUCCAGGAAUUGUCAAUCUUUUGAUCAAAAUUCCAGUUGAGGACUGCACAAAAGCAUCCUAAUACACGGACCUGCUAAUAUGUUUUGGGGAAUGGCAUUUUUCAUUGGUACCUAGUUGAUAUGAGGCACAAAGUUCAAGGAGGAAAGCAUUUGGGAGCAAUCUGUCAAUCAACACAAAGUCACACUUGCAUUUAGCCUUCGUCUUGGCCUUCUCAGGCUCCCGCCGUCUGGAUGAGGGGUAGGAUGACGCUCAAUCCCUGAUGGCCGGCGUCAAGGAGCAAAUUGCAGAUCUGGAGAAGAGGCUGGGACUGGCUGUGCAGAGGGGCGAGACACUUCAGAAGAGGUUAAGCGAUGUUGAAGUUGCGCACCGUGUGGUGGAGGAGGAGCUGAGGAGAAAGGCUGAGGAGGCUGGCCCGGCCGCUGUCCAAGCCUUCAAGGGGAGCGAAGAGUUUAAGGCCGAGGUGGAGCAGAAGAUCCUGGGCCGAAGGGAGGAAAUUGCCCUAGGCUGGUUCCAGACCCAUGAGGGCGAGGCUAAGUUGGAUGAUGAGGGGGCACUGUGUUUCCAGUUGGGGCAAUAUGGGAUGCAGAAGUCCUUUUAUGAUCUUCUUGCAAAGAAAGACUCCUCCUUCUCCGCUCAGGCCUGGGGUUUGCCGGUAUUGAUGACGGAUCCAGAAGCCCCUGUGGAGGCCCCGGUUGCUGACCCCCUGCCUCUGAAGUUCCUCCUGCGUAAUCUGUUUCAGGUAGAACUUGAAGGUUGCUACUACCAGCCGCUGUUUCAGGGAGUUUCUGAGAAGAAGACUUGGUUCGUGCUUCUUCCGUUCUUGUUUGAAAACAAUAUGAAUAAUGCUCAUGGAUAUUAUUUUCUGAAUAUACAUUUCGGGGGUUUGUAUACCCAUGUUUGCCAAGUGUGGCUUGAACACUUGUAAUGUUGUUUCCGCUGUUUUAAAUGAAUGAUUUACAUUAUGUUUGUUU